AUGCCUGCCGACAGCCUCCUUGACAUGGCCCGCCGGGCUUGCGCCCGCAAUGUCCACCGGAUAACCGACAUCGGUGACCUUGAUUAUGACCUGAUCCGACCCAUACUUUUGAAGAUCGAGAGCCCUGAGAAACUCCACCAACUCGAGCUCUCGUCACCGCAAAUCAUCGGCCACGACGCUGAAAUCUGGCUCAACUUCAUCAAGCGAGACAUCCCCGACUGGGACACGAAGCGCCAUGAACCAUCAAACCCGAAGAAUUGGUACAAGGUGUACAAAAAGUUGAAAGCAGAGGCAACUAAGGACUCCUCAAAUGAUGAAGCCAUGCUGAAAGCUGCCUUGGCCGAUAUUCAGAAAGGGAAGGAGCAGAACACAGCGGAGAUUGCGAGCACUGCGCGCAGUGUGGGCUUAUAUUCGAGUAGCAAUGCUCCUGGGCCCUCGCGGAAGGCCAGGAUCGCAUGGAACUAUAUCUCCGGCAAGACAGGGUCCAAGGGCGCCAGCAAAAUGACCCUGCUGGAGAAGAUUCGCAAGGAAGCAAGGAAUGCAAAGGCUGCCAAAAUGAACCGGCCGAUGCACGAACUACACAAGAAGCAGACGGGUGUGGUCAAGGCGCCAGCGCAAUUCGUCGAGGAAGUGAAGAAGAUGAAGGUCCUACAGGCAACAGAGGCCAAGAAACAUCUGAGUCCGCCGCCCAAAAGACCCGUAUCGGGGGUUGGUACAACCGGGACCGUGGGGACAUCGAGGCCACCGAUGCAUGCUCCCCCUACGCAGGCGUCGAAGCCAAAACCUCAGCCUGCUGUUGCAAAUGGCGGAAAGCCGUAUGAUCUCACGAGCGACAGGGAAUCAAGGUUACGAGCCUUGAAGUCGGGGAGACCGGUCAGCAGGGUGGUCGCAGAUCCGAAAGAAAGUCAGAAUACAAAUGGCAGCUUGACCCUUGAUUUCCUCGAAGAUUCGGAGGAUGAUGACUCCAACCAGGGCCAGCCAAAGCGAAAACGGGAUGCAGCAGACGACAAUGCAGAAAUGCCGCGAAAGAUGCUGAAGCCCAACAAUGCCCUCACUGAUGAACUCCUGCCUCGAUCGAGAAGUCCCAUGAAGCUCUCGCCAGCCCCAGGAUCUCGGCCGCAGGGGUUGCAGCCGCUCAAAAGAAAACAUGAAGCACCAAAUCUCUUCCACACAAGCCCCAAUAAACGACCAAAACCAGUAUGA